AUGAAUAAUUAUUAUUAUUAAUUUUGGAAAAAAAAUAAAAAAUUAACAAAUAUUAUGAGCGAAGAAAAAUAAUUAAUUUUGAAAAAAAAAUAAAAAGAUAACAAACAAUGCUCCUAUAAGUAUAUCAUCUAAAAACGUUGUGGUUUUAGAUAAACGGAAGCUUUAUCUGCCAUUUAAGAUAGUAAAUUAUGCUACAAUUAAUAUGUAAAGCUAUUUCAAGAUAAACUAUUAAAUCACAGAAAUAAUCAUGAGAUUCAAUUAAAAAUAGAAAAAGAGACUAAGAUUGAGUUUAGUUAAUCAGAUGAACAAAGUCUUUCACAAUCUGAGGGGAUGCAAAACUAAGAUAAUCCACAUUUGAAAAAUGAAAAGUAAGAUAAAUAUAAAGAGCAUUAUAAAAAUAAUAUGUAUAAAAAUAUCAUGAGUGCGUUCUAAAGGCAUAUUGAAAGCUUAAAUGAUAUUGAAAUAAUAAAAUGUUAUGAAUCUCUAACUGAGGAUAAGUGGCCAUUUAGCUAUAUAAAAAUAAGAGUGAACUAAAAUUUAAAAAAGUUAGGGAGAUUUCAUCUUAAACUAAGAAAUUUAUUGACUAGUAAAAAUUUAAAAAAUUUGUUCAUUUACUUUCUUAAAAACUCAAACUCUUUUUGGAUUGAAAAAUCAAGAGUGAAAGACAAAGAAAAGCUCUUCGAGCUAAUAGACCAGCUGAUUACUUAAUCUUAAAAUGAACAAUUCAUAGAAAGUAUAAAAUUCUAUUAAAAACCCAAAAGAUUAUAUUGA